CAAUGAUAUUGUUCCAGUUUUCGGUAGGUUCGCUAAGCGGAGGUUCGCUUGUUUGUAUAACGCAAUUUUUGAGGCACUCCAAUCGAAAAAUACGAAAAACAUUAAUUUUUUUCCGUAUCCAACUAGUGAAUUAAAAUAGUUCUUUAAACAUACUUGCAAUAAUAAGUUAAACUGUAAUGUUUUGUCUUUGUAUACUUGAGAUCGUUUGACGUAGUUAGUUGACAUGUCCUUUCGCAAGUAGUCUCACGGAGGUGGUUUAUUUGUGUACAAUCUGUUUCUGUGUAAGGUAUUGGAUUUUAGUGAUUUGUGUACAGUGUGGUUUGUGUAAUAAUUUAAGGAUCGAGAUUCCUUAGUGUAACCGAUAAAUAGUGCGUGAUGUGAACGUGGUGAGUAAAGUUAAUCUACUCGUCGCAGUACGUGUUUAGUGUGGUAUUGGUGUUUGUUUGCGGUUCCUGCGUCGUGAGAGCCAUGCUGGCUCGUUCGUGUCGCUGCGACGUUGAUGCACGACAGGCGAGUGCAGUUACGCGGCAGUUCAGUAGCGCCGCUCAAGAUGUUGCGACCGGAAUCUCCCCUCGCUGAUCACCGCAGCCUCCUCCCACGUCGUCUGCUGCCCGCCAAGGCACAGAUCGCACCAGCGGACAAACGCAAGAACAGGAGGUCGCUCGAACUCAACCCCCCUUCCAACGAUCAUGCUCCCUACGAUUACUCGAAAUUGCUCAUAUCGAAAACGACCGACUCCCUGAACACAGAAUGUCCUCGGAAACUAAUAAAUAAACAAGAUUCCACUGAUAGCCUUAAACGUGCGCUACUAUCUAAAGAUGAUAAGAAGUCUGCCAGUAAGGAGUCGGAUAAGAAAGGUCAGAUCUCAAAACAAGACUCGAGUGAGAGUUUGAAAAAGGCUUUACUUUGUCGUCAGGACUCUAAUGAAAGUGUUAAACGGAAAGAAGCUGAAGCGAAGCGUGCUCAGAAAGAUGAAACGAAGAAAGUCAAUGAGAUUAAAAGGGGGAGUGAUAAGAAAGGGUUGUUGGAGACGGAUAUAGAUGAGCCUUUAAAGAGGAUUUAUGAGAGGCGGACGGGUUGUGCACGUCCGACGUUGCCUCCUGUCGCUGAGAAGUCGGCUCCGUCUCCUAACUCUCCAAAUGGCAGCCCGAACACGCCAAGCGUGGCAGCUGUGGCCGAAGGACUGGCCCGAUGGGGCAGCGGCCUGCUGUCGCCGAGAGAGGAGCCCAGGCUGAAGGCAGCUAGAAGUUGGUACGGCUACGGAACGCUACCGACAGAUAGCGAUAAGGCAGCCCAAUUCUUCCGCCCAAAACCCCUUAUCCUCAAAAGCCCGCAACCCACUUGCAACUUAUCUAGUGUUGCAAAAAACUAUCGGCAGCACCUUUCCGGCAAAAAAACGGCAAAAGGAUGUCCAUGGGUGGUGCCAAUUAUUUAA